AUGUCUUUCUACUUUGAUUCAAGGGAAUGGAUGGAUCAAAGGAUUGAUCCUGAGAGUAAUUCUGUUUCAGAAGUGUUUCUUGGAGGCAUUAACGCAUUUCUUCAAUUUGCGUGUAAUCAAGCGGAUUACAUAGAGCGGCAAACGUUAUUGUGUCCGUGUGCUCGAUGCAAAAAUGUGAAGCAACGAGAUGCAAAAGUUGUUUCAAGACAUCUAUUCUUAUAUGGUUUUAAGGGAAAUUACUACGUUUGGACAAGUCAUGGAGAAAAAUUCUACACCGUUGGUGAGAGUUCUGGAGCGAAUCAUUCAACGGGCGAAGAGGAAAUGUGGGAGAAUCCUACUUGGAAUGCUCAUGAAAAUCACUACCAGAGUAAUCCGGAAGUACCAGCGGAACCUAUAGAAGAGACGGAGGUAGCAGAGCCAUAUCGUGAUAGUGUUUUUGAAGCAUUUGAAGCAGCCAGUCAACCUCUCUACGAAGGAUGUGCAGACGGAAUAACUCAGUUGUCUCUUGCUUCUCGGAUGAUGAAAGUGAAGACGGAUUAUAAUUUGGCGGAAGCUUGUGUUGAUGAGAUUUCUGAAGUUUUUAAGAAAAUGCUUCCGCAGCCGAAUAAUGCUCCAGCAACAUAUUACGAGACAAAGAAACUGACACGAGGGCUUGGGUUACCCCUACAUAAGAUUGAUGUUUGCGUGAAGAAUUGUAUGCUAUUUUGGAAGGAAGAUGCGAAUUUGGUUAGUUGUAAGUUUUGUAGAGAAGAUCGCUACUAUCCGAACAAUGGAAAAGGAAAAAACAAGCCAAAGCAGAGAAUGUUUUACUUGCCUAUUGCAGAUCGUCUGAAACGUCUGUACCAACUCGAGGCGACAGCUUCCAAUAUGCGGUGGCAUAAGGAGCAUGUGACUCCGGAAGGCGAAAUGCAUCACCCAUCUGAUGCCAUAGCGUGGAAACACUUUAAUGAGGUAUAUCCUGGAUUUGCUGCUGAAAGCCGGAAUAUUUAUCUAUGUUUAUCAACAGAUGGGUUUAAUCCGAUUGGUAUGAAUGGAGAAGCACAUUCCCUUUGGCCCGUUAUUGUAACUCCAUACAAUUUGCCUCCGGGAAUGUGUAUGAAAAGAGAAUUCCUUUACCUUUCGGUGCUAGUUCCGGGGCCCAAACAUCCAAGAAAAAGCCUAGAUAUUUACCUUCAGCCAUUGAUUGAAGAAUUACAGAUGUUAUGGGAGGAUGGUGUGGAGGCAUAUGAUAUCUCAAUGAAAGAAAUAUUCAAAAUGCGAGCAGUUUUGAUGUGGACGAUAAGCGAUUUUCCAGCUUAUGGGAUGCUUUCAGGUUGGACGACUCAUGGUCGGUUGUCCUGCCCAUAUUGUCAAGAUGAGACUGGUGCAUUCUGGUUAACUAACGGAAGGAAACAUAGUUGGUUUGAUUGCCACAGAAGAUUUUUAGAUGCGGAUCAUCCUUACAGAAAAAACACUCAAGCAUUUAGACGGGGAAAAACAGUUUUAGAUCCUCCUCCUCCGUGGUUGACCGGAGAAGAAAUAUUCCGUGAAAGGAUAAACAAUAUAGAAGGGUUAUCAAAAUCUGUUGAUUGUGGAGGGAAUGGACAUGAUAAUCCAUCCAAGAAAAUAUCCGGAUAUGGAGUUACUCACAAUUGGGUAAAAAAGAGUAUCUUCUGGGAGUUACCGUAUUGGGAAAAUCAUCUACUUCGGCAUAGCCUUGAUUUCAUGCAUAUUGAGAAAAACUUCUUCGAUAACCUGACGAACACGGUGUUAAAUGCUCCUGGAAAGACGAAAGACAAUAUCAAAAGCAGAUUGGAUCUUCCAGCAUUAUGCAAAAGGCGAGAUUUAGAGAUGAAAGAGGAUGGAACGAUGCCCAUCCCAAUAUUCAGGCUGCCAAAUGCGGGAAAAAGAGCAUUCCUUCUAUGGUUGAAAAAUGACAUAAAAUUUCCCGAUGGAUACGCCUCCAAAUUUAGUCGAUGUAUUGACGAAAGCAAUUUAAAGCUACAUGGACUGAAAAGUCACGAUUGUCAUGUCAUAAUGGAACGACUAUAUCCAUUUGCGUUCGCUGAACUCCUUCCAAAACAUGUUCACACAGCGAUUAGAGAUAUUGCCCUCUUCUUCCGAGAUAUCUCUUCGAAGAUUUUGAAAGAGUCAGAUGUUGGCCUUUUAAAGGCAAAUAUCGGUGUGAAGCUAUGUAACUUGGAAAAGAUAUUUCCUCCAUCGUUCUUCGAUGUUAUGCAACAUCUUCUUGUGCACCUUCCAGAUGAGGUAGCCUUAGGUGGUCCCGUCCAUUUUAGAUGGAUGUAUGUAUUUGAAAGAUACAUGUACCAUUUGAAGAAGAUGGUCAAAAAUAAAGCACACAUCGCUGGUUCGAUAGUUGCACAAUGGAUAAACGAGGAGAUUUCAAAUGCUUCCUCUACCUUUUUUGGACAUCCUGAAAUCAUGAGCAUUCCAGAAGGUCCGAGUGAUAUUCGCUUUUCAUACAAUUAUCCGGAUAUACCAUCCUUGUUUUACCAUGAAGGGCGAAUCAGUGGUCAAUGCUCAACUGGUUGGUUGAAUGAUGAAGAUAACACUGUUCUCCAGACAUUUAUGAUGCUCAACUGUGAAACGUUUGCUCCAUAUGAAAGGAUGUUUGAAGAAUAUAUGACUCUAAGUGUUCCUGAUAUUACUCCGGCUGCAAUGCAAAAAGCAAAAGACACCAAAUUCGCUGAGUGGUGCAAAGACUAUAUUAAUGAUGCGACUCAGUUUUACACAUUUCCUAUGUGGAUGUUGGAUUUUGUACAAGGUCCUAGGCGUAGUUAUAGGUCUUGGCCAAUAUAUCACACACGUGGAUACACUUUCCACACUCAUAACCACGGUCAAAAUAAGAAAACUCAACAUUAUGGUGUAUGUGUACCUGGAACCAAUGAGACAGACUACUAUGGUCUCAUACAAGAGAUUAUGAUGGUGGAGUAUCAUGGUGAUGUUGGCUUGAAAGUUAUGGUUUUUAAAUGUUCGUGGUUUGACCCGACGGAAAAUCGCGGUAUGAGAAUACAUCCAUUUGGUCUUGUUGAUGUCUCACCACGAAGACAAUAUGCAAAAUAUGAUCCUUUCGUAUUACCAGGUAACUGUGAUCAAGCAUGUUUUAUUCCUUAUCCACGGGUACGUCGACAAUCAGUCGAUGACUGGUGGGCUUGUGCCAAAAUUUUUCCCCGAGGAAUCCGAGAAACGUCCGAAAUUGCUUUAACGGCAUGGCAAGAUGAUAGACGUGAUCAGGUUGCUGAAAGUUCAUUGUUACGGGUGGAAACACAUGUUGUUGAUGAUGUGUCCGAUUAUGAUAUUACUCCAGUGAAUCCUCCGGACGAUGAAUAUGUAUCAGAUGGUGAUGUAGAAGCAGACCGUGAUUCAGACGAUGGUUCAGAAUAG